CAAAAUAGGAAAAUAACAAAUAAAUAAAACAAAUAAAGAUGCAAUCCGAAGUUACAACAAGUACACGUAAAAGAAAUAAACAUUUCGUAGAUUUUCACAAAAAUCACAAGAAACGUAAAUUAUUUACAAUAGAACCAGGUAUGACAGGAUUCUUAUGCACAUGCAACUUUCACGAAAAAGGCUGUAUAACUGACGCUUACAAAUUACUUAAUCAAUUUGCGGACGAAGGUACUACGUCGGAGACAAUUAAGAAAUCUGAGGUAUCAAAUAUAUCAAAUAUACUCGAUAAGAAGGAGGCUGAUAAAUCUACUUCAGACCUUGAUGGAGAGGAGGAUAUAUCGACAGCUUUAGUGAAAGAAAUCAAUGAACUUAAAGCAAAGUGUGAAAUGCCAUUGUCUUCUCGAAGAUUUCAGGUAGUAGACACAGGUGUUAAAAAUAUGAUUUUUAUAAUGAGUACCUUAUCAAAACCAUUAGAACUAGUAACUAAAAUUGUUACUGAGUUAGACACAAGUAAGAAGCAAUGCACAAGAUACUUAUUAAGAUUACUUCCAAUUGAAGUAGUGUGUAAAGCAUACAUGAAUGAUAUAAGGACAAGAGCUAGCGUGUUAUUCGAGAAGUACUUUUCUCAGGAGCCCAAAACAUUUAGUAUUGUGUUUAACCGUCAUAGUAAUAAUAGUAUUAAAAGAAAUGAGAUUAUUGAAGAUCUAGCAGAAAUUAUUUCAAAGAAAAAUCCGGGUAACAAAGCUGACUUGAAGAAUCCAGAGAUAGCUGUUGUUGUUGAAAUAAUACGAGGACUUUGCUUACUUUCUAUUGCUCCUAAUUAUUAUAAAUUUAAGAAAUAUAAUCUUAUUGAAAUAUGCAAUAGUACAAAAAAUAAGGAAUUAGAAACAAAAAGUGAUGAAACAAAGAAGGAUGAAAUAAAAGAUCCUUAGGAAAUUUUGAAAUACCCACCAACAGUAAGAAAAGUAGCAGAACCAA